UCGGCUCGGUGAGGACGGUGAGGUGACAUGGUCUGGUCCAGCCUUCCUCUCUUCCCCUGUCCUCUACUCUACUCUCCUCUCCUCUCCUCUGCAGCAGCGUCAGCACCAGCACCAGGAGUUUCGGCUGAAUUACACAAUGGUGGCGGCACACGCCUCUUCUCAUUCGCCGGAAUCUGCCGAGUGGAUCGUUUGUCUGGAUAAGAGACCAGCGGAGCGCUCUGGUGAGGACGUCGACAUAAUCCUGGCACGACUAAAGCACGUGAAGGCCUUGGAGGGAUUCCACCCCAGUUUGUUGCAGCAGAUUUGUUUGUGCGGAUUCUAUGAGUGCUUGGAGAAAGGGAUCACCUUGUUUCGCCAAGGCGACAUCGGCACCUGCUGGUACGCUGUGUUCUCUGGUUCACUGGAUGUAAAAGUGUCUGAAACUUCAAGAUAUCAGGAUGCUGUUACCAUUUGCACGCUGGGGACUGGCACGGCGUUCGGCGAGUCGAUCCUGGAUAACACCCCCCGACAUGCCACUAUUGUCACUCGGGAAUUCAGCGAGCUCCUACGUGUUGAACAGAAGGAGUUCAGGUCUCUGUGGGAGAAAUUUUAUCACUGCAUGGCCGGACUCCUCUCCCCACCGUAUGGCGUGAUGGACAGCAGUUGUGGUUCUGACCGAAUGCCAGGAAAAGAGAAUUUAUCCAACAGCCUGUUUGUUUCAGUCUCCAAACAUCCAAAUAAGUCCUUCACUGAAAGUCCAUCCAAACUCCGGCCUAAAUGUUCCUCUCAGGUUUUUUCUGAAAGGAUCCUCCAUGCUGGGAAAAUUCUCCGCAACACCAUCCUCUCUGCGGCACCUCACAUGAUCCGAGACAGGAAAUACCACCUGAAGACUUACAGGCAGUGCUGUGUGGGGACAGAGUUGGUUGACUGGCAGAUGCAGCAGAACUCCUGCGUCCACUCUCGUGUUCAGGCCGUGGGCAUGUGGCAGGUGCUGCUGGAGGAAGGAGUUCUCAACCACGUGGACAGAGAAACGAGCUUCCAGGAUAAGUACAUUUUCUAUCGCUUCCUGGACGAUGAGCGGGAAGAUGCUCCUGUUCCGAGUGAGGAGGAGAGGAUGGAGAGCCACGAGGAGCUGCAGGACACUCUGCUGUUCCUCUCACAGAUUGGACCUGAUGCACUAAUGAGGAUGAUUCUGAGGAAACCUCAUUCUGAAAGAACAGCAGAAGAGUUGGAGAUCAUUUAUGAAGAACUCCUUCAUAUAAAAGCCUUAUCUCACCUGUCCACCACUGUAAAGAGAGAACUGGCUGGAGUUCUUAUCUUUGAGUCCCAUGGAAAAGCAGGAACAGUUUUGUUCAAUCAGGGGGAGGAGGGCACAUCCUGGUACAUUAUUUUGAAGGGAUCAGUGAAUGUUUUCAUCUAUGGAAAAGGUGUGGUUUGCACCCUCCAUGAAGGAGAUGAUUUUGGGAAGCUGGCGCUUGUCAAUGAUGCCCCUCGUGCUGCCUCCAUCAUCCUGAGAGAGGACAACUGUCAUUUCCUGAGAGUGGACAAAGAGGACUUCAACAGGAUUUUGAGAGAUGUGGAAGCCAACACUGUACGUCUGAAGGAGCAUGAUCAAGACGUUCUGGUGUUGGAGAAAAGUCUGAACAGUGGACGAAACUCCAUCCAUGGCUCAUCUGCAUCCCAUUACAAAUACAACAUAAUGUCGGGAACGCCGGAGAAGAUCUUGGAGCACCUUCUGGAAAUGAUGCGAUUGGAUUCCCAGCUGACAGAGUCAGACUCAGCCUUAGAUGAUUUUGUGCUCAUGCACUGUGUCUUCAUACCCAACAGUCAGCUGUGUCCCGUGCUGAGAUCUCACUACCAGGCCCAGGCCUUGCAGGGCUCCGAGCAGGAGAAGCUGGACUACACACUGAACAGCAAGCGCAGGGUGAUCCGUCUGGUGAUGAAAUGGGCCGCUGUGCACGGAGAACACCUGCAGCAAGAGAACACAGCCUUUCUGGAGGAGUUCCUCAGGGCGGUAUCUGAUGACGCCAAAGUGCUUCCAGCCCUCAGGGAUCAGCUCACAGAGUUGGAGAGGAUUGUAAAGAACAAUGCAGAAGAUUUUAAAGCCUCACAGAAAAAGCGCAAAAUCCUUCUACAGCAGUUCAGUACGGGGGACGAGAAACUUCAGAAACGCCAACCAAUCAAGGGUAAUGAUGAAAUUCUGUUCAAAGUCUACUGCUGUGACCACACCUACACCACCAUCCGGGUUCCUGUAGCCGCGUCGGUCAGGGAGGUCAUCAGUGCUGUGGCUGACAAGCUGGGGUCAGCGGAGGACCUGAUCCUGGUCGGCCUCAGCUCAGCAGGAGAGAAAACAAUCUUUAAACCAAACGAUGUUUCAGUCUUCUCAACACUCGGCAUAAAUGGACGACUUUUCACCUGCCAGACGGACCAGCUGGAUUUGUUGACUCCUCUGCCAGAACAAGAGGGCCCCAUCUCAGGAUCGCUGGCUAGUUUUGAGUUGAUGAGUUCCAAAGAUGUCGCUUACCACAUGACCUCCUAUGACUGGGAGCUUUUCCACUGUGUACAUGAGCUUGAGCUCAUCUAUCACACAUUUGGAAGGCAGUAUGUAAAGAAAACCACCGUGAACCUGGAUCUGUUCUUGAGGAGGUUCAAUGAAAUCCAGUUUUGGGUGAUCACAGAGGUUUGUCUGUGCUCCCAACUGAACAAGAGAGUGCAGCUUCUCAAAAAGUUCAUCAAGAUUGCAGCUCAGUGUAAGGAGUACAAGAAUUUAAAUGCCUUCUUUGCCAUCAUUAUGGGACUGAGUAACCCAGCAGUGAGCAGACUGAGUCAGACCUGGGAGAAACUUCCCAGCAAGUACAAGAAGUUUUAUGGAGAAUUUGAAAACUUAAUGGACCCAACCAGGAACCAUCGCGCUUAUCGACUCACAGUCUCCAAACUGGAACCUCCUAUCAUUCCAUUCAUGCCCCUGAUGAUUAAAGACAUGACAUUCACACACGAGGGCAACAAAACACUUAUCGACAGUUUGGUCAAUUUCGAGAAAAUGCGGAUGAUAGCAAAGACGGUGAAGAUCGUGAGAUACUGCAGGAGUCUAACAUUCAGUCCCGAUUCUCCUCUGGCUGGGAAGCACCACCUGGACGUGUUGGCUUACGUCCGUCAACUUCACAUCAUCGACAACCAAAGGACGCUAACGCAGCUCUCUCACAGCCUCGAGCCCCGCAGGUCUUGAAUCCACUCAGGGCCUGAUUUUAUUAUUUUUUUACCUUCUGAUGCUGCUUCUCAACAUGACGCAUGCUCACGCUGAUCUGAGUUUAAUCCAAACACAGGCAAUCACAUGGAGGACCUAAUGAGACAUCAGAUAAUGAGAUAUUGUUUCAUUGACUUGUUAAGCCUUUUAUUACAGUAAUCUGUGAUUUUUCAACAACAGUAAUUGUUGUGAGAUGAAGUACCUCUCACAUCGGUGUCAUGCAGAUAUCAUAUCAUCUCCGACUCAAACAGAAGAAAAUAAAGCUCUCUGGGUGGUAGGGUUUUCAUUUAUUAGAGUAUUCUUGUAAAAUGUAAAAAAAUGAAACACUAGGAUGCUUUAAAAAUGUUAAAUAUUCAUGAUGUUCGUUCGUUUUGUAUCUUUUUGUAUCAAACAAUAUUUAAACUAAUUUAUAUUAGUAAUAAACUUGUACAUUUUGUACAGAUAUUUAUCCUGACUUUAGCAUGAAGAUGAUGCAAUUUAAGGAGAAAUAUUUUUAAAUUCCUGAGAUAUUGUAAGCCAGUUAGAAAUAUUUAGCAGGCAUUUGUGUACAAUGACACUAUUGUUGUAUUCUGUUGUGUCAUUCUGUCAAUAUGAUGUUUUAGCUCAUAGCAUGCCAGCUUUUGGACAUCUUUAUUUGUUAGUAAACAGUUUGAGUGAAAUAUGUCCUUUUAUGGGAACUGGGACAAUGAGCAUUAAACUGGAACUUUCUAAAAAAUCUCAGACUUGUUUCUUCACAUGUGUGUAACUAGUUUUAUCUGAGUUAUUUAUUUACCUUUAUCUUUAAGAAUGGUUUAUUAUGAGGUUCUCUCGACGUUAUUAUGGCAUGGGUACUUUAAGUGCAAGCACAUGUUCUGACUGGUGGAAGGUGUGCUAACUCUGUGGUUUGCCCGGGGUUGCCCCAUCAUGUGGGUCGUUGGGUUCUUGUCACGUGGUUUAUAAUAGCCCGGUUAUUACAGUUUUGGCUCUCAUUACUU